GAUCCUCGGGCAGUGGUGUGACUUCAUUCAUUCAGUCAAGAAGUUAAUCUCUGAAUCCUGUAGAUUUUCAUUUCAGAAAAGCUUUUAGGGAAACCUCAAUGCUACAUUUCAACGUUACUUAGUAUUUGUAUUGCUUUCCUUUUUGCGCAUCAAUGAGUUUAUAAAAGCGCAAAGAGAAGACGGAACAGACGCAAAAUCAGGGUUUCGGCGUCCCAGUUUACGCGUUCUUAAAAGCAUCACCCCAACAGGAUGAGGAUAACAUUUGGUUUUCUGGUGAUCUCAGCUGGUGUCUGCGGAAUUAUGAGCUUCGCUUUUUUGGCGACUUCACUCGGAACCGAAUACUGGUACAUCAUAGAGACGAACCCAGUGAACAUGAGCGACUUUGAGGACAUGAGCUCCCACUCGGGGCUGUGGACCAUCAAUGAAGGUAGAAAGAGUCACACGGACUUCAUAGACUCCUUCCAGACGAAUUACUCCAGGUAUUCUGAGACUGAGCUGAACAUGCUGAAAUUGCACAGUGCGAUCGUGGUGGUUCUCCCCCUCAGCCUGGUUCUCCUGCUGCUCGGGGGCAUCUGCGGAUUGGUCAGCUCCUUGGCUCAGAGCUCUUUCCUCCUCACCGGCACAGCCUCUUACUUCUUCAUCUGCAGCCUGCUGACCCUGUGUGGUGUGAGCCUGUACAUUGUCUACUGCUGCCAGGCUUUAGCUGAAACAGAGCGUCUGGUGGGACCAGAGGGUCUGGCCUACAUCCACAUGUCUUUCGGCUGGUCUCUGGGUCUGGCGUGGCUCUCCUACGGCCUGGAGCUACUCACUGGCGUGCUGCUGCUCAUGGCCGCUCGCAUGGUAAAGCUGUCACAGAGUAGUCCCUCUGCAGCCGGAUCCUUUUACAUUAAGUAUGAAAAAUGAGCAGUGAUGAACAGAACAGGUGGUUCUGCAAAAGCUUAAAGCAAAAUAUGGUCUCUGGACAGACAAUUAAAAAUGUCUUAUAAAAGUGUGUUUUAUCAGUUACAUUUUCUUAAAGUUCUUAAACCUGUGAUGAGAGAUUGAUAAUUCUUGUAAGUGAAAACUGUAAGUGUACAACAAUGAGCACUAGCUAAACUUGACAAGUUACUCCACCCUGUGGAGGAAAAUAAUAUGGCUUCUUGCUUCUCACCAUGCUGACUGUCUAUCAUUGGGUUGGAUACAGUACAACUACAGUGCUUUUAUUGCACCAGUGGGACUGCUUCUAUUUUACAAGUAAAAUGCAAAAUGUGUUGUUGUUUGAUAUCAGAUUUCAGAUAUCAGAUACUAUAACUGAUCAGCAACAGCUCUUUUACACAUUUAUUUAUUGAUAUCAUAACAGACCACUUAGAGUCAUCUGUUUUCUAUGCUUUAAAACUGCUUUGAGUGUAAAAAUGCAGCAGUGCAGAAAGAUAAAACAAAGGUGUUGAACCACAACUGAGGUUAAGCCACCCAGUUGUAAACAGGUUUAUACCUUAUACCAGCCUGGCCAAAAAAUAAGGUACUCACAUAACAUUUCAUUGGACCACCCUUAGCUUUGAUUAACAUGAUGCAUUUGCUAUGGUGAUGUUUAUGCAGUGGUUAUGCAAUAUCACAAUAAAUAUUACAUUUAUUUCCAUUACAUUUUUUUUCAAGAUCUUAAAUUGUUGAUGGAGAGUCAGACCACUGUAUAAAGUCUUCUUCAUCACAUCUCAAAGAUUCUCGAUGGGGUUCAGGUCUGGACUCUGUGGUGUCCAAUCCAUGUGCGAAUAUGACAUUUGAUAUUCCCUGAACCACUCUUUCUGAUGAUCGGA